GCCAUUUAAAUAAAUAUUUGAGUAAAGUACUUGUAUCCUUAUUAUAGCCUAUAGAAAUAGACUAACUACUAUACUAUGACGGUUAUAGUAGUCGAGUGUCGACCUGCUGAUCAAACAGAGUCCAGCAAUGACAACAGCAUUGUCAAUCCACAAUCAUUUUACUGGGUGAUAAUGACGCUUUCUAUAUUUAAUGUGUUAUAUUUGAACACAAACAACAAAAAUGAAUACAUCAAAAAUCAAUAUAUAUAAUAUAUUUGGAAUUUCUCUAUGGUUUAUAAUGGCAAUAAUUAUUAAUUACACAAUGAUAACUAAAUCGUCUGACAUAGAAAAAAAUAUAAACGAAACUGAAGUAUUUUAUUAUGAAAUUCAACCGGAACUUUUUAAUUGGACAAAUGGAAUUGAUGGUAAUAUGUUUAAUUACACACCUUCAUUACAAAAUUAUCCAGAUUUACCAUAUUGGAUACAUUAUAAAUUUAAUGAAAAAAAUAAAUUCGGAUAUAUUUAUGGUACUCCACCUAUUUCAUCUGAAAAUCAAAUCAAGUUAGAUAUCGUUGGAUUAAACAGAAUGACAUAUCAAGUGUUGAAAAAAGUUAUUCAAUUAUAUAUUAAAAAAAAAGAAGAGUUAGCAAAAUAUGAGGUUCAAAUUAAGAUAAAUAACUUAAACAUUGAAGACAUGUUUGAACAAGGACGGAUAAAAUCCUUGUUAGAUAUUUUCAGACAACAUUUAUGGCGCGAAAGCGAAUUUAAUGUAUAUAUGACAAAAUUGGCUUCGACAAGAGAACUUGGACAACGAGUGCCAUUAGAUCCUAAAGAUCAAGAAGGAGUUGUUGUCUUUAUUGGAAGUGCAACUAAUUUUUCAUCAACACUUUAUGAAUUGGAAAAAGAAAUCAGUCCCUUACACAAACUAAUAAAAUGCCCCAAAGAUUUCAAAAGAACAAGUGUCGAGAGAUAUUUUCGAAAUAAUAAUUUUAAUUUGGAUUGGUGUAGUUUCAGACUAGUAAUACUUUCAAGAAACAAUUAUAUCAAGUCAGUAAGCAAUGAAAAUUUUAAAACCCUAAAAAAUUAUGAGGAAAAUAUUUGGGAACUGAUGGAACCAUUACAUAAUUUAUGAAUUUAACUGGACAGCAAAUAAUAAGUCUUCAAUUUCAUUUUGUUUUUAAGUUUAAUUUUUAUGUUACUUGUUAUAUUAACAAUGGUUUGCAUUUUAAAAUGGUAUAUAAGCAAAAAUAAUACAUUUUAAAUGAUAUUAGAAAAAUUGUUAGUUUUCUGUAAUUAAACUGUAGCUUAUUUCUCAUA